AUGGAGAAUUACAACAUCUUUCUAGCUUUACUCUGCUCUUCAGCCGUUCUGAUAUUCUUUUUUGAUCUUCUCUGCAAUUUCCGCAUUUACCAUCGAGAGCGUGGGUGCUUAAUCAGAUACGUCCGCGCAUUUUCCCGUACUGCUGGUGAUAUGAUGCCAACUUUAUUAAUUCUCUGGCAAGCACGUGAUGGCAUGGUUGACUGGCUUUACCGUGGCUUCUGUCACGUAAUCUUUCCGAUGCUUAAAAUUGCCUUUCUUGUGGUUGCCGUUGUGAAUGGCACCAUUGUCCUGUACCGCUCCUUGAGGAAUUCGUUUCUUUGGGAUCCAUUGGUUGGCACAUUUAUCACCCAGCAGAGUAGAAUGGCUGAUACCGAGCACGUCUCUAAUGAUGUUCUCAUUGAAAUUCUCAGCUGGCUCCCAGCAGAUUGUAUUCUUGAUUGUCAACGAGUGUGCAGAAAAUGGCAAGCCUUAACUUCUACUCCAUCUUUUGCUGAAUUGCAACUGAAGAGAGCUGCUCCUGGAAUUCUUGCAUCUUAUAUGAGUUUUGCAAAGGAGUCCUACUGUCUUUACAUUGAUGAAGGGCAUAGGAGUAAGGCAAACAAUCAAACUCUCAUGCACCUAAUGCGACUAGUUGACUAUACCCUUAUACCCCCUCCUGGGGUUGAGUUCUUUAUCUGCAAUCCAUUCACCCAGCAAAGAAUCACUCUCGGGACACCACCGAGAAAUGCUUUUAUAUGUGGAUUCUUCUUCCACACAAUGGAAGGGGAUUAUAGGGUUCUUUCUGUGUUUGAGGACCCUGAAUGCUAUCGGUAUCUGAUGUUCAGUCUUCAAACAAGGUGCUGGAGACUACUUCCAAGUUCUUCUUAUUGUCAUCCUUUCUCCACUUCCCCGAUUGUUGUUGAUGGGAACCUUCACUGGAUGGUCUAUCAUCGUCGUCCAAGCCUACUUUUUCAGCACUGUCAACCAAAAAGCAGGGAUUUUGUUGAUCUCCCAUGUCGUAACUCGAUUUUAAGGUUUAAUAUGCUAACAGAGGAGUUUGAUAGCAUGGCCCAUCCUCAGUGCGACUGCUGUUUGCAAAGAAGUGAUGACUUCCUUAAUUUGGAUAUGCAAGAAAUGCAUCUCAUAAAAAUGGAUGAAGCAUUAUCCCUGUGCCACGUGCAGCAUGGACUUAUUGAUAUCUGGCUCUUAGAGGAUUACUCAAACUGGCUUUGGGUUCAAAGGUAUAAAGUCAACCUCAAAUGGGAUAUAAAAUAUGACCCGUUCUAUAGAAAUGGUUUUAUACAUCUUGUAAGUUUUCAAAAUGGUGAGUUGUUGCUUGACUGGAAGAGGAGAGGAGGGCUAUUUGGAUAUAGCUUGGAGCUAAACACUGUCAGGAAAAUCAAUAUGAAAGAAAUUGAAGAAGAAUCUUUCAAUUUCAUUUCUCAUACUCCGAGCCUUGUCUCCCUGAGAAAGGUUCAGUGA